AUGAAUUUUAUAGAAAAGGCUAAAAGAACGGAGGCAGCCUUAAUGACGGCUUGCGGUGAAGCACCGUUGAAUACUCCAAAAGAUAGCAUGGUCUCCAUACAAUGGAGAGAUAUCGUGGUAAAUACAACAGCUGGAAGACGAUUAUUAAGAGGCAUCACGGGGAUCGCACAUCCAAAAGAAGUUGUUGCUCUCAUGGGAGCUAGUGGAGCUGGUAAAACAACUCUUUUGAAUACACUUCUACAACGAAAUCUUCGUGGUUUGAAUGUGAAAGGGACUGUCCUAGUAAAUGGAAGAAACAUCGGACAAGCUGUUACAACAGUGUCAGCGUAUGUUCAACAGGAAGAUUUGUUUGUGGGUACUCUAACAGUUCGGGAGCAUUUGAUGCUUCAAGCACGAAUGAGAUUACCUAGCAAAUGUAAAGAAGAAGAUCGUAUAGCUCGUGUUAAUGAGGUUUUGCGCGAUAUGUCAUUAGAAGGCGCUCAGAGCUCUAGAAUAGGUAUUCCUGGAGUGCUUAAAGGGAUCUCUGGAGGGGAACGUAAAAGAUUAGCAUUUGCUUCGGAAAUUCUCAAUAAUCCCCCCAUCUUAUUUUGUGAUGAACCUACGACGGGACUCGAUUCCCAUAUGGCUAUGCUCAUUGUCAGGCGGCUUGAGUCUCUAGCUGCCACCCAAGGAAAAACAAUAAUAUGUACAAUUCACCAGCCAUCUUCAGAAACAUUUGAACUCUUCGAUAAAGUUGUCUUCCUUGCGCAAGGUCGAGUUGUUUUCCAAGGAAGUCCAUCGGAGUCAGUUAUCUUCUUCUCGAAAUGUGGCUACACUAUGCCGCUUCAUACGAAUCCAGCAGAUUAUUACAUUGACACUCUUGCAAUAAAUCCGGAUAAGAGGGACGAAUGCAAAAAGCGAUGCAAUGAAAUCAGUGACAAGUUCGCGCUGAGUCAGUAUAACUAUCGGAUGCAGGAGCAAAUGUCCAUAGCCAGUUAUCCUCGAGAAAUGUUCCCCCACAAUGGACCAAACUUUCUGAUCCUUCUGUCUUCAUUAAUUGUUAGAUAUCUCAAGGAUAACAUGAGAAACCCAGCAAUGCUUAGAGCCAAGUUUAUUCAAAAAGUUUUCAUGGGAAUCUUCCUAGGACUUCUCUAUUUGAAUACACCAUUGAAUCAAGAUGGUCUAAUGUCUAUUCAAGGUGUCCUGUUUUACUACUGCUCAGAACUCACCUACUCAACUAUAUUCGGAAUUCAAGCAUGUAUGCCGGGAGAUUUCCCAAUGCUCAUAAGAGAAUACCAUGAUGGUGUUUAUCCCGUGUCUGCAUAUUACUUAGGAAAGAUUUUUUCAUAUCUCCCUAUAUUCACUCUCGAUGGCAUGGUUAUGAUAACAAUAAGUUAUUUCAUGAUUGGGUUACUCCCAGAACCAAUUAAUUUUGUCAAGACUUUGAUUACAUGUAUGCUAGUUGAAUGGAACGUUGCCAGUCUAGGUAUCGCCAUAUGCUCGAUUUCUCCAUCCUAUGCAUUCGCUAUAUCUGUUUCGGGUCCGAUUUUAACUGUUCUUUCUUUGACUGGCGGAUUGUUCAUAAACACAACUGAAAUGCCUCAAUGGUCCAAAUGGAUCCAAUAUGUCUCAUGGUUCCGUUAUGGAUUUGAAUCACUCAUAAUCAAUGAGUUCAACGACGAAUCAAGAGAUAACAUAACGUGUCUCGGAAAUGCUGGAACUGUUAUGCCGAAUUGUGUAAGCAAUGGAGCUGGAGUGUUGGAGGAAUUGCAUUUCGCUCCUGAAAAUUUUUAUUGGAACUGGAUGAUGCUUGUGCUUUCCACUCUUGCCAUUUUUUGUUUUGGUUAUAUAGGAUUGGUGUUCCGAGUCAAAAGACUCAGAUAG